AUGUUGUCCCGGCCGGGCCGCGACGAUGCAGGGGCCGGGGGUGUGCGGCGGCCGCGGGAGCCGGCCGAGCAGGAGCUGCAGCGGCGCCGGGAGCAGAAGCGGCGGCGGCACGACGCGCAGCAGCUGCAGCAGCUCAAGCACCUGGAGUCCUUUUAUGAAAAACCUCCUCCUGGGCUUAUCAAGGAAGAUGAGACUAAGCCAGAAGACUGUAUACCAGAUGUACCAGGCAAUGAACAUGCCAGGGAAUUUCUGGCUCAUGCACCAACGAAAGGACUUUGGAUGCCACUGGGGAAAGAAGUCAAAGUUAUGCAGUGUUGGCGGUGUAAACAGUAUGGUCACCGAACAGGCGACAAAGAAUGCCCUUUUUUUAUCAAAGGCAACCAGAAGUUAGAACAGUUCAGAGUAGCACAUGAAGGUCCCACGUAUGACAUCAUACGAGAGAAUAAAAGACAUGAAAAGGAUGUAAGGAUACAGCAGUUGAAACAGUUACUAGAGGAUUCUACCUCCGAUGAGGAUGGGAGCAGCUCCAGUCCCUCAGCAAGUAAAGAGAAACACAAGAAAAAGAAGAAGAAAGAAAAGCAUAAGAAAAGGAAGAAGGAAAAGAAGAAGAAGAAAAAACGAAGGCAUAAGUCUUCCAAGUCAAAUGAGAGUUCAGACUCAGACUGAACACUCUAAUAUUCAACAUUCUCUUCUCCCACAUCAGACACUGCGGCCAAAGACCAGAGGCGUGCAAUCCAGGAGGACUAGGAGAGCGGGGUAUUUGGUGUCCCGCAUGUGAAUUCUCACCUGCCUUCCAGCAGAAAUGUGACCCCAGGAGGGGCUGUGAUAGGAUGGAAAAAACAGAUUCCUACACACUGAUGGGAAAUGAAAGCAGAGGCAAACGAGAGUUUGAGAAGACUAAAGGUAUAAUCAUCCCCCAGACUCUACUUUGGGCCCUUCCCACUGCUUGGAGCCCUCUCCCUAAAUAUAGGGUGAUCCAAGCUCAAGCUUCAACCAGUCAUCAAAGACCUGAAAUUUCGCCAUUUGCAACAAGGUGGAUGGAACUAGAGGGUAUUAUGCUAACCAAAAUAAGUCAAU